AUGAGAGGUCAACAAUUCGCCGAAAGUGAAUCAGUGCUAGAUCCUAAAGGGCUCCUGACGCUGAAAUGGCGGGUGGACUAUGUUGCUCAGAUAAUUCAAUUUCAAGUAAAGUUUUCCGAUAAAGCUCCAUCUAUCAACUGGUUUGCUCUAGGAUUUUCCGAUAGAGGGGACUUGGAAAAUUCUGAUAUCUGCCUGGUUUGGACCGAUUACACAAGGCGCGACCAUUUCGAGGAUAUGCAUGCCGAUAACAAUGGCAAAUUGUUUCGCGAUAUUCACCAAAACUGCGAUAAUUUCCAUGUAGAUUCUAAAAGCAAAAGUAUCGUUUUUGAACGCUCUUUUGAUACUUGCGAUAGAGAUGAUUAUGUUAUAGAGGAUGGAACUGUUCAUGUCGUGUGGGCAAGAGGCGACGACAAACUAUUUUCUUCUCAAGGCCUUUGUAUAACUUGUACUUCGCCAUACAAUCACGGAUUUAUUCGCGUCAGACUUUUAACUCCACCGUCCUCGCCGCAGCGGCCCGCACAGCAGUUGCGAAUAAACAACAGAGACCUAAAAGUCCCAGGAAGUGACACCACGUACUGGUGUAAAGUGGUCAGAAUUCCGGACUUUAUUACCGAAACAGUUCAUCAUAUUGUCAAGUUUGAGUCAACAAUAACCAAAGGUAAUGAAGGGCUGGUACACCACAUGGAAGUAUUUUAUUGCGACGCUGAUCCUAAUGUAGAGAUUUCUAUGUACGAAGGCAACUGCUUCUCAUCAAAAAGGCCUGAAUCGACAAAAGUUUGUUCAAAGGUGAAAGCAGCAUGGGCGAUGGGGGCUCCCCCUUUUACAUACCCAGAUGAGGCGGGACUGCCUUUGGGGGGACCGAGAGCGAAUAAAUACCUCAUGCUAGAAGUACACUAUAAUAAUCCUGAAUUGAGAAACGAUUGGGUGGACAGUUCCGGCAUAAUUCUUCAUAUAACAGGAAACCGACGGAAAUACGACGCUGCAAUCAUGGAGUUAGGUUUGGAGUACACUGAUAAAAUGGCUAUUCCGGGAGGACAGGAAGCAUUCCCACUGACAGGGUAUUGCAUACCACAGUGUACUGGAGUGGGUCUCCCUGAAGAAGGUAUCAUAGUGUUCGGCAGUCAGUUGCACACUCAUCUCACCGGAGUCGCAGUAUGGACUCGACACUCCCGGCAAGGGGCAGAGCUGCCUGUGCUCAAUAAAGACAUGCAUUACUCUACACACUUUCAGGAAAUAAGGAUAUUACACCGACCAGUUAAAAUACUUCCUGGCGAUUACUUAGAGACAACUUGUAUUUACAAUACAAAAGAUAAAGAAAAUGCUACAAUCGGUGGUCACGCCAUCACCGACGAGAUGUGCGUCAACUAUAUGCACUACUACCCGGCCACGGAACUUGAAGUUUGCAAAAGUGCUGUUUCUAAUAAAGCUUUAGAAGAUUAUUUCAAAUUUGAAAAAAAAUGGGACAAUAUAUCCAUAUCAUUCACAGCGGCACCUCGCGCCAAUUAUUUGGCUAUCAAACCUUGGACUCCUUUAAGAGCUAAAGCAUUACAUACACUGUAUACUGAAUCAACUAUUUCAAUGCAAUGCAAUAAAUCUGAUGGAAACCGAUUCCAGGGUGAUUGGGAAGGUAUUAAAAUUCCGAAAAUUAAACUGCCGCUUCCUGAGAAAUUAAGCUCAUGCUCAUUGGAUAAUGUAAUA